CCUCCCCAGAGCCUCCGAGGUUGACGUUUAACCGGAAAAGAGAGAAAGGGGACAGAAAACAGAGAGGAGAGGAAAAAGUAAAAGAAAAAAAAAAGGGGAAGAAAAGAAAAGAAAAGGCCGAGUCUGGAAAUCAGCUAGGGGCAGCGAAGCAGCGAGUUCCCGCUUCGCCUGCAGAAGAAUUUCUUGGCCGGUCGUGUGGGUGACUGUUAUUCGGCUCGUUGCGGAGGAUUUGGACGUCGAGUCAGCCCCAGCGCUAACGAGAUGUUUUUCAGGAGGAAGAGGAUGGAUAUGCUGCCAAGGGUGUGCGCUGGGCUGCUUCUCCUGUCCCUGCUCUACACCACAGGCCUCUGCCAAAGGAACAAAAAUAACCGCUGCGUGUUGUCCCAAGCGAAGAGCUGCACUGAGUGUGUCCGCGUGGACAAGGACUGCUCCUUCUGCACAGAUGAGAGUUUCAAAGAGCCUCGCUGCGACUUGCGGGAGAAUUUGCUGCGAUACGGCUGCGAGGAGGCCAGUAUUGUGUACAUGAGAGCUAGUCUCCAGCUUCCAGCCACUACACAAUGUACCAAGUCCCAGAGGAGGACCGAGGUGUCCCCCCAGAGCAUGUUCAUGCGGCUGCGAGCCGGGGAGGAGAUGAACUUCGACAUGGAUGUCUUCCAGCCCCUUGAGAGCCCCGUGGAUCUCUACAUCCUCAUGGACUUCUCCUACUCUAUGUCUGAUGAUCUGGACAACCUCAAAAACAUGGGCCAAAAACUAGCGAAGUUCCUGCAAGCCCUGACCAGUAAUUACACCAUUGGAUUCGGCAAGUUUGUGGACAAAGUCUCAUCCCCUCAGACAGACAUGAGACCUGAGAAGCUGCGUGAGCCCUGGAACAAUGCUGAUUCCCCCUUCUCCUUCAAGAACGUCAUCCGCCUGACCAGUAACAUCAACUACUUCAGCAAGGAGCUCAGGAAAGAGCGCAUCUCUGGCAACCUGGAUGCCCCAGAAGGAGGCUUUGAUGCUAUCCUGCAGACAGCUGUUUGCAAGGAUAAGAUCGGCUGGAGGAAGGACAGCACUCACCUGCUCGUGUUUUCCACUGAAUCUGCCUUUCACUAUGAAGCUGAUGGCACCAACGUCCUGGCAGGGAUUCUGAGGAGGAAUGAUGAGCAGUGUCACCUGGAUCCUGAUGGCACCUACAGAUAUGACACCAAGCAGGACUAUCCUUCAGUGCCAACCCUGGUGCGCCUGUUGGGACAGCACAACAUUAUCCCCAUCUUUGCUGUCACAAACCACUCCUACAGCUACUAUGAGAAGCUGCACAAGUACUUCCCCAUCUCUGAGCUCGGGGUGCUCCAGGAGGACUCUUCCAACAUUGUGGAGCUGCUUCGCACAGCCUUUGAGCGUAUCCGCUCCAAGAUGGACAUCCGGGCUGACUUUGUUCCCAAAGCCAUGAAGACAGAGUUCACCUCCACCAUGUAUGAAAAGACAGAAUCUGGCUCCUUCCAUAUCACCCGGGGUGAAGUGGGCAAGUUCAACAUGCGUGUGAAGGCGCUUGAGUAUGUAGGAGGGCAGCACGUCUGCAGCCUCCCCGAGAAAGACCGGCAGGGAGUUAUCCACGUGAAACCCACGUCCUUGAGUGACAGUCUCAGAGUCCAAGCCUCUGUCAUCUGUGACGUGUGUCCCUGCGAACAGCAACAAGAGUUUGGCUCACCCAAGUGCAACUCCAACGGGGACUUUGCUUGCGGCCAGUGCAUCUGCCAUGCAGGCUGGCGAGGGGACACAUGCAACUGCUCCCCAGCCUCGUCCCUCAACAACGAGGCCUGCAUCCGCCCUGGGGACGUGGAGCCGUGCUCGGGCCGGGGCGAGUGUCUCUGUGGCAAGUGCCAGUGCUACUCCGAAGACCUGAGCCUGCGCUUCGACGGCGAGUUCUGCCAGUACGACGUCCUGCAGUGCCCGCGCACCUCUGGCUUCCUCUGCAACGAUCGUGGCCGUUGCUCCAAGGGCGCGUGCGUGUGUGAGAGCGGCUGGGAGGGCCCCAGCUGCGAGUGUCCCACAAGCAACGACACCUGCAUUGACGGCCGAGGGGGCAUUUGCAAUAACCAUGGGAGGUGUGAAUGCGGCAGGUGCAUCUGUGACACGGCUUCUCUGUACACCAGCUCCACGUGCGAAUUCAGCUACUCCCUGGGUUUCCAGGCUGUGUGCGAGAGUAUCCGGGACUGUGUUCAGUGCCAGGCCUGGGGAACGGGCAAGAUGAAAGGGAACUGCAGCACCUGCCACCUCCAGGUCCAGAUGGUGGAAGAGCUGAAGAAAGGAGAGGUCAACGAACACUGCUCGUUCCAGGAUGAGGAGGAUGACUGCACCUACCACUACUCCCUGGAGGGAGAUCCCACUGUCCUCCCUAAUACCACUGUCCAGGUGCAGAAGAAAAAAGAGUGCCCUCCAGGAAACUUUCUGUGGCUCAUCCCACUGCUUAUUUUCCUGAUCCUGCUCCUGGGAUUGCUGCUCUUGCUCUGCUGGAAGUUCUGCGCCUGCUGCAAGGCUUGCCUGGCCCUGCUUCCCUGCUGCGCACGAGGCCGCACCGUUGGCUUCAAGGAGGAUCACUACAUGCUUCGCCAGAGCCUCAUGUCCUCUGAUCACCUGGACACUCCCAUGGUGCGCAGUGGGUCCCUCAAGGGCCGAGACACCGUCCGCUGGAAGAUCAACAACAAUGUUCACAAGCAGGGCUUCACCUCCCUCUCUGCCACCAACCCCAAAGAGCUCAUUCCCUAUGGGCUGUCUCUGAGGCUGACCCGGCUUUUCACACAGAACCUCUUGAAGCCAGAUAGUCGGGAAUGUGAGCAACUGCGUAAGGAAGUGGAGGAGAACCUGCAUGACAUUUACAAGCACAUUCCUGGCUGCCACAAGGUCCAGCAGACCACGUUCAGGGUACAGCCCAAUUCUGGGAAAAGGCAGGAUCACACAAUUGUGGACACUGUGCUCACUGCCCCUCGCUCAGCCAAGUCAGAGAUCGUCAAAGUGACGGAAAAGCACGUUUCCCACGAGGCUUUCAAUGACCUGAAGGUGUCACCGGGCUAUUACACUGUGACUUCAGAUCAAGAUGCUUAUGGGAUGGUGGAGUUCCAGGAGGCUGUGGAGCUGGUUGAUGUCCGUGUCCCGCUCUUCAUCAGGGAGGAUGAUGACGAUGAGAAGCAGCUGCAGGUGGAGGCCAUUGAUGUCCCCACUGGCAUUGCAGAGAUUGGACGCAGGCUCGUCAACAUCACCAUCAUCAAAGAACAAGUCAGCAGCCUCAUCACCUUCUUGCAGCCAACCUACUCCCACAGCCGUUUUGAUAAGGUGGCCAAGAUCCCUGUCAUCCGGGAGAUCAUAGACGAUGGGAAAUCCCAAGUCACCUACAGGACCCGAGAUCUCACCGCCAAGAACGGCAGGGACUAUGUCUUCACAGAGGGUGACCUGGUCUUUUACCCCGGGGAGACUCGGAAGGAGGUACAGGUCCCAUUGCUGGAGCUGACAGAGAUAGACACCCUUCUGCACAACCGCCAGGUCAAGCAGUUUGCCAUCGACCUCCUCCACCCAAAGAACGGCGCCAAGAUCGGUCAAUACUCCCAGGCCACAGUGACCAUCGCUGACCCAGAGGUGGUAGAUGGCGUCCCCUCACUGGCUGGCCAGAGCCAGGUUGCCCAGUCUCCCAAAGGCCGCCUGAAUGCACCGCUCAAUCCCAAUGCCCAGGCUCUCAGCUCCAGGAAAAUCCGCUUCAGCUGGUUUCCUCCUCCAGGGAAACCUCAAGGGUACAAGGUGAAAUACUGGAUCCAAGGGGACCCUGAGUCAGAAGCCAGGCUCCUUGAUGUCAAACCACCAUCAGCAGAGCUGAGUAACCUCUACCCCUUCUGUGAUUAUGAAAUGCAAGUCUGUGCCUACAACGCCAUGGGUGAAGGAGCCUACUCUGACAUCAUCCACUGCCGCACACUGGAGGAUGUUCCCAGUGAGCCUGGCCGCCUGGCCUUCAAUGUUGUGUCCUCCACUGUGACGCAGCUGAGCUGGGCUGAGCCUGCAGAAACCAAUGGGGAGAUCACGGCUUAUGAAGUCAGUUAUGGACUCGUUAAUGAGGACAACAUACCCAUUGGACCAAUGAAGAAGGUGCUGGUUGAAGAUCCAAAGAAGCGCAUGGUGCUUAUAGAAAACCUGCGGGAGUCCCAACCCUAUCGCUACAUGGUGAAGGCUAGGAAUGGUGCUGGCUGGGGGCCUGAGAGAGAAGCCACCAUUAACCUUGCUACACAACCCAAGCGCCCGAUGUCCAUCCCCAUCAUCCCCGAUGUCCCCAUCAUUGAUGCUGAGGGGGGUGAGGACUACGAGAGCUACCUGAUGUACAGCACAGAUGUGCUUCGGUCUGCGACUGGCAGCAAGCAUCCCAGCGUCUCUGAUGAUUCGGGCUCCAGGUGGAAAUACGUGCAGUUGCUGGGAGAAGACUUGGAUCUUCGUCGCAUCACCUGGAAGCUCCCACCUGAAACCAUUCCCCGCCUCUCCGGCAGCAGCCACCUCUCCUCAGACACCGAGGGUCUCCUCCGUGAGGAGGACAGUGACGUGGCUACUGGCAGUCUGAUGAGGAGUGGGACCCCUCGGCCCCAAGCAGAGCACUUGCUGAAUGGCCGGAUGGAUUUCUCCUUUCCUGGCAGUGGGGGCACACUGACCAGGACAACAAAUACAAAUUACCACCAGCUGAGCUCACACAUGCAGCAAGAGCACAGGGUGAUGGGGAGCUCCUCGCUGACUAGAGACUACUCCACGAUGCUGAUGGGGCAUGAUUACCCAGGGAGACUCCUCCCUCCCAUCCAUGAAGAUGCUAGGAGGACAAUCCCACUGUCCCGGGAUGUGGGUUUCAGGAGCAGGGCAAAGGUGAAGGGUUACUACCCCAGCACUGGCUUUCGGGACUCUAUAAUCAUGACUGAUGGGUCCGCGGGGAUUUGCAAGUACAUAGACUCCAGGAUGCCGCUGGGUGUCCCCGACACCCCCACGCGCCUGGUGUUCUCUGCGCUGGGACCCACCUCCCUGAAGGUGAGCUGGCAGGAGCCACACUGUGAGAAGGAGGUGCAGGGGUACAGCGUGCAGUACCAGCUCCUCAACGGAGGAGAAGUGUACCGACUCACCAUCCCCAGCCCUAGCCAGAACUCGGUGGUGGUGGAAGACCUGUUGCCCAACCACUCCUACAUCUUCAAGGUGAAGGCCCAGAGUGAGGAAGGCUGGGGCCCCGAGAGAGAAGGCGUCAUCACCAUAGAGUCCCAGGUGGACCCGCAGAGCCCACUCAGCCCUGUGCCAGGUUCACCAUUCACACUGAGCACACCUAGUGCUCCUGGACCCCUGGUUUUCACUGCCCUCAGCCCUGAUUCACUGCAGCUCAGCUGGGAGAGACCCCGCAAGCCCAAUGGGGCCAUCUUGGGCUACAUGGUCACCUGUGAGAUGCUGCAUGGAGGAGGGGAGCCCAGGAAUAUCUACGUUGAAGGAGACAACCCAGAAACCACCCUGACUGUGCCUCAACUGAGUGAGAAUGUCCCGUACAAGUUCAAAGUGCAAGCUAAGACCACCCAAGGCUUUGGGCCAGAAAGAGAGGGCAUCAUCACUAUCGAAUCUCAAGAUGGAGGCACUUUCUCCCAAUUUGGAGGGCAGCAGUACAUGAGAGAGGAAGUGUACAAAUUCCCCGUCGAAUACACCACCAAAACCAGCAUCAGCCAUUCCUCACUGGAUCCUCACUUCACAGAUGGCAUGCUGAUGACGACCCAGAGAGUGGGGAGCGCCAGCAGCACCCUCACCAAACAGGUCACCAAAGAGUUUGUGAGCCGGACUGUGAUGUCCAGUGGGACCCUCACCAAACAGAUGGAGAGGCAGUUCUAUGAGGCCUGAGCCAGGGGAGGCGGCCUGCAAGCAGGACAGUGCCGUUCAGACUAGCAGAACAAUCCAAGGGCUGUUCAUGCAGACUCUGCCAUGGUGCCUGGGCAGCUCCUCCAUGUGGGCAGAGACCUUCCAUGGCACUUCAAGCUCUGGACCUCUCCUUUAGAGCCCAGUGUGCUCAAAGCUCUGCACAGCUGGGUCAUCAGGCUGUCUGGACAGCCUGGGAUCUUUUCUGCAGAACCUACAGUGGGAGGUCUUCCAUGAGUUAUCACUGCUCACUCCAAUACCAUCCCUCAGUGCCCAGCCACCCAAAUACACCUGCUACUGCAGAAACUUCAGAUGUCUCAGUUGCUCUGGCCUCCCCAAAUGAAUGGAAUAGAACAAUUUAUUCUUGGGUCCUCAGUUUUGAGAGGAUCCCAACUGAUUGCAUCCAAAUACAUCCUGAUUUACGGAAGGUCACAGUUUUCAUCUUUUCUCUGGGCUUUCUGGAACAUCUUCACACCCCUGGGGUCUGCUGUGGGGACUGGGCCACGCUGGGCUUUGGUUGGGGCUUGCUUCCACCUUCUCCCUGUGCCAUGUGGCAGUUUGGGUUUCCCAUCUCCCUGCUGUUUCCUGUUCACUUCAGCAGUGGAAGGCUGCCCACCAGAGUUGGUUAUUUGUUUUGUUUUUGAUAUGAGAGCUGCAAGAUAGAGGUUUGGGGUAAUCUAUGCUUUCUUACUGCACUUUCUUGACUCUGCCCUUUGCUGUUAACAUUUGGUACCACAAUAGCGAAUUGCAGCCUUAGAUUUGUAUAGCAUUACUCACAAUGGCCUCUAAUGUGGUUUCUGCAAUAUGAUAUUGUACAGUUUUUCUAGUAUAUAUAAAAAUGUAUUAUUUUAUUAAAAAAAUGGAGGUGGAUGAGACCUACACUGAAGGUUGAGGAUACACUGGGACUCUGGCUCUCUGGCUGCUGAGAAACAUUAAUAACUGUAAGAAAUCAGUUAAAGGGCUUGAUCCAAAGGCUUCUAAACCCCAUGGAAAGCCCCGCUUUGGCGCCGACAUUCCCCCAGCAUUGGAGACUACAGCAGACUACUGCAAGCAGAUGUAUCUGCUCAGUGCACAGCACCCACCAGCUCAGCUCUCUCUAUCCAUAGCGCACGCUCGCAGAUGGGCUGAGAGCUGCUUGGAAGCAGGGGAAGAGAAUGGCUCAGUUAACAGUGCUUGGAGAAGUACUGAAAAUGGGACCAGUGCAUGGGGGUUUUUUUACAGUACUGACUUGGAGCGCAUGAGAUUUGGACAGAGAAUGUCGGCUAACUUGUAAAAGACCUUUUGCCCAAUAGCAAUGUCCAAAAAGGGCUUUGUGAACUGCUCGGUGAACUCAAGAGGAGUAUGAGACUGGGAACAGCAGUGUCUCACUUGUCCUUUUGAGCGAAUGUGUCUCUCUUGGCCCCUCUUUCAACCCUUGGCUUUAGCCACUCUUGGACUGUGCUGGGUGCAGAGCUGAGCUAAGACUUUGCUGUGCCUCAUUGUGUGGCUUUGGGCAACAUGCCUGGCUUCUGCUGACCCUCUGCCAACAGAGAACAAUUGGACCUCGUGUCUUAAUGAAAAGCAAGUUUCCCUGGACUGCUUCAACUGCAUUGGAGCAGGCAAGGAGCCUCCCACUAAGGGAUCCUGCCCGAAACGGCAGCUGCCACCUUUCUAAGCUAGAGCUUCCACCCAAAACAGCAGCUGGUUGGUCUCCUGGGCAGCAUUGCCUAUUUGGUUUGACCUUUUUUUCCUUUUGGAACCAGAGGAAGAAUUUCCAGCACGGACAACAUCAACGGCUCCCUCCCCCCUCACGGCUGUUCAUUUUAAUGGGAAGGUUUUUGCAUGUUUGAGCCAAACCUGAACACAGGUGAGUAAAGUCCACAGAGGUCACUGAGAUAGCAACUGGCGCUAGGUCAACGGAGAUACUUCAGCAAACCUGUGGUUCUACUGUGCUUUCAAGAAGCACUUAGCUCCCCGAGCAAGUACCAAUGGCAUUACCCUGACUGCCUUUAGGUUCCUGUCUCCUCCUCGUUUCUCCUGGGAGUAUUUCCAGCUGAUGUGCCUCUUCCUGCCCUCAGGCUCUGUGACCCUUUCCCUGUGCUUUGUGGUACCAGCUAACACACUGAUCGCAGCCUCAAAUGGGAGCCCCAUUUCCAAGCAUUUUAACCAAAGACUAUUUUCUUAUCCAAGAGAAGAGAGCACAGCUCAUCACUGCUCCUGACGGUAGUGUCACCCGGUCCCUAAACAAGCAAGCUGGCUGUGCACCUAACCGAUGCAUCGCGCUCAACGGUGUCACUUUUUAAUUUCUCAUCCGGUCAGGAGGCUGUUGGUGCCUCAGCCUUUCCAAGGGAGGGCUGGCAGAAUGCUCUAACAGCAGGUCUUUGAUCAGGUGGCUUCCUAUUGCACUCAAUAAAUGUUUUUCUCUACA